AUGUCCAAGACACCUGUGCCUUUUUCGCCAGAGAAUAUCAAGACUGUUGCCUCACUGUAUAGAAGGUCCUUGAGAACUGCUGCUGACUGGAUCAACAGACGUGAUUUCUAUCGUGCAAAGGCAGCAGAGAUCAGGCACCGCUUCGAGCAGAACCGCAACGUUUCGGAUCCACAAGAGCUAAAGGUAAUCUGCGACCAGCAAGUGCAACAACUCCAGGCGCAUAUAUACUACCUCAAAAUGGCUUUAAUCACCAGCAUUAUGGGUGUGUUGUCUGUCACUCUAUACUACAACUUGAAACAAUACAACAAGGAUAUUGCUAAAAAUCCUAAACCUCUUCUGCAUAUACACACGCUUCGACGUGCCUUUGUGGACAUGAUUCUAAAUGUAAGAAUAAGUGUCACAGAGGCAGUUAAGUUUGGAUCCGGCAGUGAUCAAGACAGAUAUUACAACGACGCCAUAAUAGAUCAAUACUACGAGGACGAUUCAUAUCAACUUCAAUACUGUAUGGACGAGGUUACUGGCGACUUGGUCAAAUUCGAGCCAGAGGUUUUAUCGUCAACUACCGACCCCAUAUUUGAUUCGCCCGAUAUCCUUACCAGUGCUACUGUGUCGGAUGAUUUAAGAGUCAUUGUGGAAAAGGCAGAGUCAGACUCUCUGCAUGCUUACAUUUUUGAUCGGGAUAGUUUUAAAACCAACACUAUGGCCCUUACGACUAAGUACUUACUGAAAGAGCCUGUUGACAUUGAUCAAUAUUUGACAGUGUGCUAUAGUGGAUUUGAUGAUCAAGACGAAGGGGCAGGUCAAGAGGAAGAGGUUGAUUAUUCAGAGCUGAAGCCAAAUCUCGAUGUCUUCACUCUAGAGUAUUAUCUCACAGACCAAGAAUGUAAUAAGUUUGAGGAUAUCAAUACUCUCAGGAAGCUCAUGUCUUUAGAAGAUGUGGGCGAUGCCAUCUAUCCAACCAUUGUUGCCCAUACUUCAUUUAUCUGCUAUCUUAUUCAGACUACACCUAAUGCUCAGUUCAGACACUUGAUGUUCAAAUUCGUGAGAGACCUUAUCACUUAUGAAACCGACAACUCACUGGAUCUUGACCGCUUUGCGCUGCUUAUAAAUUGCAUCUUUAGCGCCACGAGAUCAGCGUCUGAGAAGCAAACCUAUAACUGUGGCGUGAAAACACUGUAUGCUACGUUGGGGGCAGUUGCAGUGGAAGAUUUCAUUGAGGGGCUUGACUUCUGGUUUGUUAAAGAAGCCCCAAACUACGAUUUGGAGCUAGAACUACUGAAGUUGGUUUUGCUCAAAAACCUGCAAGCCCUUAGCUGCGAUUUGAACUUAUUUGACACAGUCUCUGAUAAAAUCAAAUCAUUGCUUUCUCGGCUUCCAGAAAGCUCUAAGGUUUCUGAGAUGAGACUGGUCUGGGACGCUAUCUGCUGCUACGUGGGGAAUGAAAAUAGUGUUCACUGGCAGGCAUCGCAAAAAAAGCCUAUGGAGAAUAAGCGCAAAUGCUCUGUAGCUCUUGAUCCCAUCCCAAGUCCGACUAAAAAGUUCAAAGGACUGAGAAGCUCAAAUCGGAACGACUUUGCAUACACGUAA